CGCUCUGCGUGAGAAAAAAAAAAAAAAAUGCCCACAGUAGGGAGCAUCCAUGAUAACUGCAGGCUUUCCUGUCGCGUGGUGCGCAUGCGCUACCGGAAAGAGCCUGAAGUUUUACUUCAACAUGGCUGACUACGAUAACCGCGGUGAUUAUGAUGAUCGAGGCUAUGGAUCAUUUGAGGGAAGUAGGCGGGGUGGAGGUGGCUUUGGAGGGGGCAGCAGUGGCUUUGGCAGCAGUAGCUUUGGAGGUGGUGGAGGAGGAGGUGGCCGUGGAGGAAGAGCAAGCAAGCUAAUCCCUUCUGACGGCCCGUACACUGUGUAUGUGGGUAACUUGCCCCAAGGUAUCGUGCAGGGUGAUCUGGAGCUCAUCUUCAAGGACCUCAAGGUCAAAAGUGUCAGAUUAGUGCGAGACAAGGAAACUGACAAAUUCAAAGGUUUUGCAUAUGUGGAGUUUGAUGAUCCAGACUCAUUACGAGAAGCUCUGACAUAUGAUGGUGCACUUUUUGAAGACAGAAACUUACGGGUAGACAUUGCUGAAGGCAGGAAAAAUGAGCGCGGUGGACGUGGAAGAGGUGGAGAUAGGGGAGGCCGAGGUGGUGGGCGUGGAAGUUGGAGUGGUCAAGGGGGAGAUUUCCGUGGAGGCAGCAAUGACUAUGGUGGUUUUAGUGACCGAGGAACACGCGGUGCUCGUGGUGGAUUCCGUGGUGGUGACCGUGGUGGUGACCGUGGUGGUGACCGAGGGUAUGACCGUGGUUCAGAGAGAGGCACGGGUGGAUAUGGGGGACGAGAAGGUCGUGGAUCCUUCGACAGACGGUCUAGGAGAGAUAGUGGUGGAGGUGGUGCCACCGAGUUCCGUGAACCAUCUCCUGAGUCUGCUGCUAGACGCCCAAAGUUGAAGCUUUUGCCUCGUUCUGUUGACAAACCCUUAAAUGCACCUGUAGAUACAGAACGCAAUGCAAGCAUAUUUGGCACCGGGAAACCCCGAGAUGAAGCCAAAGGGGAAGGUUCAUUCAAUCGUAGUCGAAACGCCAGUGAGAGUAGUCAACACUGAGUCACCAUGGGAAAGAUCUACAAGUGUAUCAUGUCUAAUUUUGGGUGCAGCUAAACCUGUGGCAAGUUUAUCCUUAACCUUUGUCCUGUGUACACCACCACACUGUCUGGCAAAGAGACAACUUGAACAUUUUUCUUGUUGUGCCAAUCUGAUUGGUGGCUUGGCUGCUUAUUUCAGGAUUCUCUCUUUGAUGGAGAGAGCAUUGCCAUGCAGUGAUUAAGGGUUAUCAUUUGUGUAGUGCUUAAUUGUCAAGAUGCAUUUUUUUGGGUUUUCUGUCUGGAGCCAGAGUUGACUUGGUUGUCUUUGUUGAUUCAUUUGUUUGUUCACACCCAUCAUAGAGCAUAGUGUUCAAUAGUGUAUGUCACCAUCUGUGUGCUGAGUAUGGAUGAAGGAUGAAUCUUGUGAGAUUCUCUCAUCUUUUUUAAAGUCCACUUUUUCUCUUGGUCUAGUAAACCUUUUAUGGUUAGGCUUUGUAUUUGGUGUGAAGGUAUGUUGGAGAGCAUUUUACCUUUUAACCAUUAGCGCAGUGGCUUUCAGAUCCCAGCAGUAAAACUUUUUUAAAAAAUCCCUCAGAAUUUGCUUUAUCUAGCACAAAGAAGUGUGCAUGACAUGUAUUCCUGUCUCAGUGUUAGCAUUUGGAACAGCUGUUGAUUUCUCAAAGACAGGGGUGCCCAAAGGUUUUGUGGUUGGAGUCUGCAGAACCUUAUGUGUUCCACAAUGCCUGAGGUGUUUGUGAAUGGGUCUGUUCUGAUUGCAUACUGACAGACAGCCAGGACAGGGUUAAUCUGUUUUGAAUGGUUGUAAUGCAGGCCAUGCUAGAGCUGUACAUUUCUGUGAAAUAUGACAUAGAUUAAAAGAAAAUGAUGUAUUCUUUUCUCAUCUGUCACUCAUGUACUUUCUGUUGGUUUUGACUUUAUAUUGGUUCCACCCUAUCCCCCAAGCUAUUGCAGGCCAGACAUGUCUUGUCACCUACUUUAGGUACCCCUGACUAUGGCCUGGAGACGGAGAAACUUCUCAGCUGCUACAAUCUGACGAUGCUACACACUUAUUCUUUUUCUUCCCCUGUCCUCCAACUCCAUCCCUUGUAAGUUUUAGAAAUUUGGCGUUUGGGUUAUGAAUACAAGAGCUAAUUUAAGAAAACACUUGGCAUAUUAUGUGUAAUUAGAGAACUAGGACAGGUUUGUAUUUGUAUGUUUACAUCAUGAAUGCUUCUACUUGUCAAGUGUGACAUUGUUUAUUGGAAUUAAAAUGUUGAGGAAGUUGUGAAAUGAAAUGGCCAGCAUGGUCAUAUGCCAAA